GGCCUAGCCCGCAGCAAAGCGAUAUAACUGGCUCUCAUAGCUCUCGCUCGUUCAAAGGAAGGGGGGAAAUUUUACAGCCGUACUUAAUGCAGUCAGCCGGAGCUGAGGCCAGAGCACUAGUGUUGAACAAAGGCCAUUAGGUGGGUUGGAAAGCCUUUGUCAUCAGCCCUCAAAAGAUGACGGAGGCCAUGUUUGGGACAGGGAAAGAUCAGUGGGUCUGUCCCAACGAUCGGCAGCUGGCCCUUCGAGCCAAGCUGCAGACAGGCUGGUCUGUCCACACCUUCUGUACAGACCGACAGAGGAAGAGCCAGAUGCUGGAGCAGCAGGAGAUGGAGAACAUCCUUAGUGUCAUCCGCAGGGCUGAGGAACUGGAACAGAUUGAACAGCUCCGCAUCGGGAGGCUGGUGGAGCGUCUGGACAACAUGAGGAAAAGUGCGAUGGGAAACGGCCGGUCCCAGUGCCUGCUGUGUGGGGAGGUCCUGGGCCUCCUUCGGAACCCCCCCGUCUUCUGUCAGGACUGCUGCAAGAAAGUGUGCACCAAGUGUGGCAUAGAGCCCCAGUGCAGUCAGAAGAGAACUCAGUGGCUGUGCAAGAUCUGCAGUGAACACAGAGAGGUGUGGAAGCGCUCUGGAGCCUGGUUCUACAAGUUCAUGCCCAAGUACGUGUACCCUGGGAAGGAGGGGCCUAGUGGUGCUCCUCUGGGACUGCGAGGAGCCAAUGGAGGAGGGCAGAAGAUGGCCAGGGGUUCCACUGUCAGCCGCACCUACACAUGGGCACACAGCAAAGUGGUGUCUAGUGGCAGCGACAGUGAGUCGGACCACAGUGAGGGAAGCGUGAAGAGCAAGGUGUCCAGCCAGGGUCUCCCUGAGGGCAAGCAGCGUACUGACUCAGUGUUCAGUGGGGGGAGGAUUGGGACCCCCACAGGGCUGGGUUGGGGACCACAGGGCAGCCUGCUGUCAGAGAGCCUCUCCAGCCUAACCAGCAAGCCCCCCCACAGCACCGCUCCCCCUGAGGACUACGACACAGACCACAACUUCCCCUCCCCCAUUAGCACCGAUUGA